AUGUCUGUCGCAUUACCAUUACGGCAGUUCCCUGUGCGCAUAGCCCAGCCGUGGAUAUGCACAGCAUGCUCGCGAUCCCUCACCCGCAUACCUCGCACCCGUAAUCCUGCUAUCCCCGCCGCGCGACGAUGGUUAAAUACCAACAAGACAACGGGCAAUGCAAGGCAAGGCGCUGUGCCAAGCAUGGAUCAGAUGCACGCGAGAUACAAGCAGAAGAAUAGGACAGUCAUGAAUUAUGUUUUCAGUGUCAUUGUAGGCUUUGUAGCUAUCACAUACGGCUCUGUACCCAUGUACAAGAUGAUCUGUCAACAGACUGGAUGGGGUGGACAACCCAUCAAAUCCGCAGCGCACGGCGGCGGCGACCCCAACGCCGAUCCUUCUGAACGCCUGAAGCCUGUCGAAAACCAUCCCAGGAUUCGAAUCACGUUCAACGGAUCCGUAUCAGACGUCCUGCCGUGGAAGUUCGUGCCCCAGCAGCGCGAAGUGCGCGUCUUGCCUGGCGAGACAGCGCUCGCUUUCUACACAGCGACGAACAAGUCGGACGAGGAUAUCAUUGGAGUGGCCACCUACUCGGUGACACCUGGCCAGGUAGCGCCGUACUUCAGCAAGAUCCAAUGCUUCUGCUUUGAGGAGCAGCGGCUAAACGCUGGCGAGACUGUUGACAUGCCAGUGUUCUUCUAUAUUGACCCUGAGUUUGUUACGGAUAUCAAUAUGAAGGGCAUUGAGACUGUUACACUCAGUUACACGUUCUUCAAGGCGAAGUACGACAAGGACGGACACUUGCGACCGGUACCCAUGGGAUAG